UAGCAGAGCUCCUGGGCACUCCAGUUAGAGACUGUGACAAUGACAUAAAAGUUUCUAUUGAGAAGACAUCAAAAUAUAAUUUAGUUUACCACAAAUACUUGUCAGUACAUUAAGCAGUACAGUUUAACCAAAUUUCAAGGACAGUAUAAGUAAUUAUGAAAUUACAUAUAAAAAUAUACUUAAUAUACUUAAGUCCUACUUUAGACAUCAGUUAAAUAGUUUUAUACAGUAUUUCACAGCUUUGGUCUAUAGGAGGUAAAAUCAUAUAAUACAUUCUCUACCACAGUUGAGAUGUGUGACAUAUAGAAACAAGUAUAAAUCUCAUUAUUUAUUUCUACUGCCUGCAUCUGCCUAAAGUCUGAUUCUGUUGGAUCAUCAUGGCUAAACGUGUUGCUGUGAUUGGAGGAGGAACUUCUGGACUGGCCUGCAUCAAAUGCUGCCUGGAUGAAGGUCUGGAGCCAGUGUGUUUUGAGACUAGUGAUGACAUUGGAGGACUCUGGAGGUUUAAGGAAAAUCCAAAUCCAGAUCGUGCUAGCAUUUACCACUCUUUGAUUAUCAACACUUCAAAGGAGAUGAUGUGCUACAGUGAUUUCCCCAUUCCUGCCCACUUUCCAAACUACAUGCACCACUCCCUCAUCAUGGACUACUUCCGCAUGUACGCUGACCACUUCCAGCUCAAACAGCACAUCCGCUUCCAGACAAAAGUCCUUCAUGUUACACCAAGGCCAGACUUCCCUCACUCUGGACAAUGGGAUGUAGAGACAGAGUCCAAAGAUGGUCGGAGAGAGAAGCAGGUGUUUGAUGCUGUGAUGGUUUGCACUGGACACCACUGUCACCCUCAUCUCCCUCUACAGGACUUUCCAGGAAUAGACACGUUUAAGGGAAAAUUCUUCCACAGCCGUGAUUACAAAAACCCAGAAGAUUGGCGAGGGAAGAGGGCGGUUGUGAUUGGCAUUGGAAACUCUGGAGGAGAUAUUGCUGUGGAGCUGAGCAGAAUGGCCAAACAGGUUUAUCUGAGCACUCGAAAGGGAUCUUGGAUAUUAAAUCGUGUAGGAGACAAAGGUGUUCCUUUCGAUAUGAUGUUUAAUAAUAGAGGGCUAAUGUUGUUUCUUGGAUGGUUGCCACUUGGAUUUCUUAACAAAUUGGGAGAGAAGCAACUCAAUAAACGGUUCGACCACAAGCUCUAUGGGCUGCAGCCUGCUCACAGAGUUUUCAGCCAACAUCCCAUGGUCAAUGAUGACUUACCAAACCGCAUCCUCUCCGGUACCGUCUCAGUCAAGCCAAACGUUCAAGAGUUUCGUGGAUCAAGUGUGGUGUUUGAGGAUGGCACUGUUGAGGAUGACAUUGAUCUGGUGGUGUUUGCCACAGGCUAUACUUUCUCAUUCCCCUUCCUGUCUUCACAUGUAAUUCCUGUCUCAAAGAACAAAGUAUCCCUGUACAAAUACAUAUAUCCCCCAGGACUGGAGCGGCCAACUUUAGCCGUGAUUGGUCUGAUCCAGCCUCUGGGAGCCAUUAUGCCCAUCUCUGAGAUGCAGGCGCGCUGGGCCACGCGUGUUUUUAAAGGACUGUGCAAACUGCCUCCAAUGACUGCAAUGACGAAGGACAUUAAAGCAAAAGAGGAAGCAAUGGCUCAAAGGUAUGUGGCCGCCCAGAGACACACCGUCCAGGUGGACUACAUCCCCUACAUGGAUGAGUUGGCUAAACAAGUGGGUGUCCGUCCUUCUAUCCUGAAGUUGCUCGUGACAGACCCUAGACUGGCUCUGAACGUCAUGUUUGGGCCCUGCACCCCGUACCAGUUUCGGCUGCACGGGCCGGGCCAAUGGGAAGGUGCGCGUCAGGCCAUCCUGACUCAGUGGGAUCGAGUCAACGAGCCCCUGAGAACACGCUGUACACCAGAGCCGCAGUCACAGCGCUCCUCUCAUUCACUCAUAUUCUCAGUGUCUGUUGCUGCGCUGCUGUCUGCUCUGUAUUACAGCAGAGCCAGCCUGCACACACUCAUAGCAGACCCUUCAUCACUCCUGGACAAGAUCAGGGCGUUAGUACCAUUGCCACUGACCACACAGUGAUCCUGCAAUGUGAAUCAGAAACAUAACAUAGCUUUAUAAAAUCAUUAUGAAACAUAAGUCAACUGGGCUUAACUGUAACAAUUAAAAAAAAAAAGUAGUGUGUGAAAUUCUUACAUUCUGUGAAUUUGCUAUAGUAAUACUGAAACUGAUUUUUGAAUUCCUUUGAUUCAUCAGCAAGUGCCCUCACAUUUAAAAAAACAUAAUGUAGCUACAUUUUAAUGUAAAUUGAUUUUAUUUGUAGUUUUUAUGUAAUUGUUUUAAUUGUUGAAAACCAGCAUGCACUAUCAAACUCUUUCACUCUUUUUAUUGAGUUACAUUAUAGAUGUACAACUUCCAGCUAUUACUGCCAUUUAAAUUGUAACAAAUAUAAUUUUAGUAAAUAUAUUUGUAACUUUCUGAGCAUUAUAAGAUAAGUAUAAAUAUACUUUUUCAGGACUACGCUAGCGAUUUUAACCAUUGAGCAUAUUCGAUUUGUUCCAAGUAAUAUCAAAAUGUUACUGCAUUAUUAUGAAGAAAUUAAGAAAAAAAAUGUAAUUUUUGUGUAACUACAUUUAAUUUUAGUGGAUCAAUGCUCACAGUCAAAAAUAUAUAUAAAAACAGCAACUCAUUGUAAGUUGUUAUUUUUAUUGUAAGUUGCGAUACAUGCUCAUGUUUACUGCUUUAAGUAAAUGUAUUGGCACAUGAAUAAGCAUGGAUAGGCUAUAAAAGUUAUUAAAAUAGGUCACUUUGGAGGUCACUAUUAGAACACUUAUCACGUGAAAGUAUGGAAACUAUAUCAUUUGAAUUGUACAGGCUAUAUUUGCCCACAACACAAAUUUCUCAAAACAUCUUAUUUUAUUUUUACACACACACACAAAAAAAAGGGUACAGGUGAGUAAAUGAUGACAGAAUUUUAAUUUUUUUGAUGAACUAUUAAUUAAAGAUUAUGAAAAACCAAUUCAGUCAAUGUCAACAAUGCUGCAAUACCAACAUUACAGUCUAAUCACAGUUUAGACCACUUACACAAAAUGUGUAGUUACUAUGUUUUACUUGGGAGUAACAAAGUAAAAAUCAACACAAACCAUGCUGACUUUUAUGAUACUUUCACGAUGUGUUUUAAAGCUUAAAAUGCCCUGGUUGUAUGAAAAAAGUGCAGUGUCAUCGUUCUGCCAAACAUCUCCUUUUGUGUUCCACAGACGAAAAAAAGCUAUUGGUUUGCUGGGGGAAAUAUUCCUUGAACGAC